UGAAAGUAUCUGGACGGUGUACAUUCUGGCUGAGUCCGAAUGAUGUGGCUAGGUACACGAAUCCGCAGGGCGAAGCAAGAGCAUAUGCGCUAGACUCCAGGCCGCAGAGGUGACUGACCUUCCGAAAGAGAACGCGAGGCAAUCAGCAUCAAAUAGUUGACCCUUACCAUCUAGGGCUUUUGCUCGUUCCAUCUAACCUCUUCUCACGAUAUCACCUUGACCAAGAAUAAAACUAUCGGCCUAUCUUCAACUCAAAACAUGACCGAUACCCAACGAUCGAAGCCCAUGCUGGCUGUCGCUCCAAGCCAGGAGAGCUCACCCUCAAAGUUGGAAGCUUUCCUAUCGGCACACCCCGAGAUCCAGAUUGGUCGCGCCGCCUUCCAAAGCCUCCAGUCUGCCCACGAUAGCAGCGACUCAUUCUCCAUCAUCAACAAGCCGUUCGUAAACAUGGUGCUGUAUCAAGAGUUCAAUGCGGAUACGAGGGAGCGCAUAUACGUCGUCGCACUGAUUGACGACCAGAAGGCUCUUGAUCAUUAUGAACAAGACUGCGGUGGAACGUCGAACGAAGAUGGAUGCGAUUGUGUAGAGAACCAAGGGCCCGAACAUAUGAUUUACGAGCGUGUCGUCGAAUACAAGAGUGCGGAUUGCGAGAACCAUAAGGAUGAGCCGGAGCCGAACCCUGAUUGUUCUGAGUGUUGGCCAGUUUUGUGUGGGAGUAAAUGUGUUCCUUGAAGUGCCCGGGUGACGAGCAGCAGUCGCGAGUUGGAGAUCCUGUAUUGUUUGGUUUCGUAGAUCAAUUUGUUGCAGAGAAAAGUCAACGUAAUUACAGAAAGCGUAUCGACUCUGACUCUUAUAAAAUUGAUCGAAUGAUGACUGUGAGUAGACAGCCUUGCAAAAAGGUGCUACCCAGUAAUUGAUGGAAUUUGCUAGUCAUCCGGAGGCAAUUUUGGUUUAUUUGUAGGCUAGUACAACAGAUACACAUCCUGACGUACACAGGAGGUUGUUAACAAUACAUGCAAUUGGGAAAGUAAGCUACGAGACAUCAAUUGCGCACGCCAUAAUCGAGAUUUUCAUAACCCAAUAGGUAGACGUGAUAGGAUGAUGAACGAC